AUGGCGAACGUCGCAAAAAUCCCCGUCAUUGACAUUUCUGGCAGCGGGGGCGAGGCCGAGCAGUUGCAGGUGGCCAAGGAACUGGUCGAGGCUGCCAUCGAACAUGGCUUCGUCUUCAUCAGAAACACGGGCAAUGACAUUCCCGUCGAGGCCGUUGAGGGCGCCUUCGAUAUAUCAAGAAAGUUGUUUAGCGCCCCCUUGGAAGAGAAGGAGAAAUGUAAAUACGAGGAAAACAAUCGCGGCUGGUUGUCAAUGCAAUAUGAAGUCCUCGACCCCAAGAAUCAACGUGUUGGCGACUUCAAGGAAGCCUUCAACUUUGGAGAAUUCGUCGACGGCAAAGCCCAGCAACCCAUCCCCGACACCAUUGCGCAGUAUGAAGGCCAAGUCGGGGCUUUCAGAGACCUCUGCUACCAGAUGUGUCUCAAGAUCAACACCCUGCUCGGCAUCGGGCUCCAAGUCGAACCUCCCGAUUUUUUCACCACAGCUCAUCUGAGAGAGAAAGGCACAUCGGGGACGAUUCUUCGUUUCCUAUACUACCCGCCCCUCGCCGACACCGGUGCCGACCGUGAGGAUGUCCGUGCCGGCGCACAUUCCGAUUACGGAUCUAUCACGAUGCUCUUCCGCCUCAAGGGCCAGGCGGGCCUCGAGAUCCUGACGCGCGAGGACACGUGGGCGCCGGUACCGGUGACGCCGCCGGGGACCGAGGGCGACGCGGCGCCGCCGAUCCUCGUCAACAUCGGCGACCUGCUCUCGUACUGGACCAACGGGCUGCUGCGCAGCACCGUGCACCGCGUCGUGUUUCCAGGUCCGGGUAAGGGUGCUGUAGAGGGCGAGACCGACGCCGACCCACGCUACUCGAUGGCCUUCUUCUGCCACCCCGUCGGCACGACGCCGCUGACGCCCGUCCCGAGCGAGCGCGUGCGCCAGUUCAAGGCGCCGCCGCCGUCGUCGGCUCUGGCGGCCCAGCCUGAUCCCGCAGGAGAAAAGGUGCUUACCGCGGACGGGCAUCUGAACAUGAAGUUGAGGGCGAGUUAUUUGCAGUUCUACAAGGACAAGGAGUGA